AUGGCGCCACCCACCGAAGAAAGAGAAGCGAACUUGACGGACCCGGCGUUCUUCGCCUCUCAGUCGCAGAAAUUGAACGCUUUGCUGGGGACUGUUGUGCGCGAGGCGUCGACGGCGACGAACCCGGAUGCGGCUAUCGAUUUUAUGCAAUUGACGGAGAUUGUUACUUCUCUACUCGAGGAGGCGCAGAUGUUCAGUGUCUUAAGCCAGGAGGAAUUGGGGAGGAGGGAGGGGGACGUGAGGGGUUUUAUGGGUAGGAUCGAGACUGUACACUCCGUGAUUGAGGAUUGGGAUGCGAGGACGACGAAGGGAGAGGGGAAGGGCAGUUGUGAUGGGGAGGGUUCACGGAAACGGGCGCGGCCGACUUCGUCGUCGUCCGGGAGUGGUCCUUACGAUACGCGAUCGAAUCGCAGGAGGAUGCAGUGCGAGACGGAGCAGGCGUUGAAUAUGGCGCCGACGUUUGAUGGGCCGUAUGCGGAGAUGAUUCCUUUCGAGCAGUAUCCGGAGAGGGAGAGGGAGAAGGCGGCUUGGUGGACGGAGCCGUAUUAUGAUUGA